AGGCGGUCGGGGGUGGCCCCGCGGCUACUUACCGGGGGCGAAGAGAGCCGGAAUCCCGGGGACCCGGGCCGGACCGCGGAGAUGCCCCAAACUGACACGACCGCCAUCUUGGAGACAGGUUGAAAAUUUGUAGAGUCCUGAGGCGUGCAGACUGAAAAAGACUUUCCUCUCUCACUGACAGUCUCCACCAUGAUUCAUAGCCUUUUCUUGAUCAACUCCUCUGGAGAUAUUUUCCUGGAGAAACAUUGGAAAAGCGUGGUCAGCCGUUCUGUUUGUGAUUACUUUUUUGAGGCACAAGAGAGAGCCACUGAGGCAGAAAAUGUACCGCCUGUUAUCCCUACCCCUCACCACUAUCUCUUAAGUGUGUACCGGCACAAGAUCUUUUUUGUGGCUGUGAUCCAGACAGAGGUUCCACCUCUGUUUGUCAUUGAGUUCCUUCACCGGGUAGUGGACACAUUUCAGGAUUAUUUUGGAGUCUGUUCAGAACCAGUGAUCAAAGACAAUGUGGUUGUGGUUUAUGAAGUAUUGGAAGAGAUGCUUGAUAAUGGGUUUCCAUUAGCUACCGAAUCAAACAUCCUCAAAGAACUGAUAAAGCCUCCCACUAUCCUCCGAACAGUUGUCAACACCAUAACAGGAAGCACCAAUGUGGGUGACCAGCUUCCCACUGGGCAGCUGUCAGUGGUGCCGUGGCGACGGACUGGGGUGAAAUAUACCAACAAUGAGGCCUAUUUUGAUGUGAUUGAAGAGAUUGAUGCCAUCAUUGAUAAAUCAGGUUCCACAAUUACGGCUGAAAUCCAGGGGGUGAUUGAUGCUUGUGUCAAACUGACUGGAAUGCCAGACCUUACCCUUUCCUUCAUGAACCCCAGGUUGCUGGAUGAUGUCAGCUUCCAUCCUUGUGUUCGUUUCAAGCGCUGGGAAUCUGAGCGCAUCCUCUCCUUCAUCCCUCCUGAUGGAAACUUUCGCCUGCUCUCUUACCAUGUCAGUGCCCAGAAUCUGGUGGCGAUUCCAGUGUAUGUCAAACAUAACAUCAGUUUCCGGGACAGUAGUUCACUUGGACGCUUUGAAAUAACAGUGGGACCAAAGCAGACCAUGGGGAAGACCAUCGAGGGAGUGAUUGUCACCAGCCAGAUGCCCAAAGGGGUCUUGAAUAUGAGCCUCACUCCAUCUCAGGGGACACACACAUUUGACCCAGUUACUAAGAUGCUGUCUUGGGAUGUAGGAAAAAUAAAUCCCCAAAAGCUACCAAGUUUGAAGGGGACCAUGAGUCUUCAGGCUGGAGCUUCCAAACCAGAUGAGAACCCCACAAUUAACCUGCAGUUUAAAAUCCAGCAGCUGGCCAUUUCUGGACUCAAAGUGAACCGCCUGGAUAUGUAUGGAGAGAAGUACAAACCCUUUAAGGGCAUAAAAUACAUGACCAAAGCUGGAAAGUUCCAAGUUCGAACCUGAAGGGAGAGUUUUGCAAAGGGAACAGUACAAACACUUUUUCAUUUCUUACUUGUCUAACAGUGUAAAACAAUGUCAGCCUGUCUCCUAGGUCAGUCCCCUUCUGGACCUAACCGCUCCUAUUUUUCCUCAGCCUUCAGUGCCAUGGAACUAAUCAAGGGAGAAAAGGGUCGCCGGGGAGGAUGAGACAGAACUGAAACACAGUCAGCACCACCUCAGUUCUUAAAGAGCUGGGCGAUGGAGGCCAGGGGUACUUGAUACCAUAUUUAACUAUUUUAAUGUGGUUACCAUAGGAAAACACUAGCAUUUGUUACUUGCUUGGCUUUAAUUAUCUAAAGCCAAUGAAAAACUUCUUUGUUAUUGUUUUUUAAGGUGGAAAGAAAGUAAGGGAGAGAAAGUGGAAGAGAAAAGGAGGGAGAAAAUGGGAGGGUGAGAGGGAGGAAGGAAGGAAAGAAAAAGGAAGAAAGAGAGAGAAAAAUAGGAAGAAAGAAAGGAAAGUUUGGAAGAGAAUGAAUGUUAGUCGAGCAAAAGCCAGUUAAGGAUCUCGUCUGUGACGGGGAAGAAAGUGGAAACAGUAUAAUUAAAGAAGUAUGAACACACUAAAGUGAAAGUGGCAAGACAAGCAAGUCCCACAUGAAGGAGGGCUGGAAAGAAUAGAGCUGAGUUUCUUUCUGAUCUCUCUACUUUCAUAUAUUUAAAAAAUUUGUACUUCUAGAAAUGAACUGGCAACUUCUUAAAUGGAGCCCACUAUUGAUAUGGAAAACCCCAGUAGAACCUGAUUGCCCCUUAAAGACCAGGACUCUAUCCGACCAGUUUUCAGAUACUGGCUGCUGCUUGUCUUCAGUACUUGGUUGGUCAUCUUCAGUGAGAAGGUGACUUGCCUUUUCCUGGUGGUGGUUGCCAGAAAUGCCUCUUUUUAUAACCCAAAACAAUUCUACUCACUUCACAGAAUUCACCAGCUUUUGCCUGUUACCCGAGGAGAGUUUCAGAAAAGCCAGUCCAGGGCAGCCAUAUUCUGUAUGUCACAGUAUUGGAGUGUAGGUGGCCUGCUUGGUCCUCAGGAAGGUGUACCACAACUAUAACCCAGUGAUUUCUCCUUUUUAAAAAAUAAAAAUAAAAACAUUUUAAAAUUGAUUUUGGAGGAGAGAUAGAAACAUCAAUGAUAAGAGAGUAUCAUUGAUCGACUGCCUCCUUCACACCCCCUACUGGGGAUCAAGCCCAUAACCUGGACAUGUGCCCUGACUAACUGUGACCUCCUGGGGCCACACCUGCCAGGUGAUUCCUUUUCAUGUGUCAGUGCUGGACUGGUCCUGGAGUCUAAGCCGUCUUGUUGGAAACUUUUUUAUCCGUAACCCUAAGUCAAAAGAAUGCUUAAAUGAGGAUGGAUUCAUCCUUGAAGAUGCUCAGUAAAGUUACUUCCUUGAUCUUUUAUUUUGUUCUCUAUAAUAUAUUUAUUAACACUAGAGGCCCAGUGCACAAAAAUUUGUACACUUGGGAGGGUCCCUCAGCCCUGCCUGUGCCCUCUCG